AUGUGGCGGCCUUCUUCCCUGUUCCGUUGCAAGUUCGACUCCCGGCCUUCAUCGUGGCGUUUGAGGACCGGCGGAUUCCGGGGGUUUACUUCUACGGCAUCCGCCGCUAUCGAGCAGAGCCUCUCUCCUUCCGACGAUGAAAUAAGGGCGGCUCCGGCCCCCGAUUUCGGUUCCUCGGAGGUUCCUUCCCUGUUGGAUCGCUCCAAGGUCGUCGGCAUCCUGAGAAGUCUGCACAGGGAGCCCACCCUCGCCCUCGCCUUCUUUAACCACAGCAGCGCUUCUCGAUUCCGCCACGACGCCGCCACUUCCUCCUGGAUCGUGCGCAUCCUCUGCGACUCAGGUAUGGAGAAGAAGUUGGUGCCUCUGUUUUCGGACCUGAUAUCGUCGAACGGGGAAUCCGGUUUCGAUUUCUUGGCCCUCUUUGAUGCGCUUUCAGAGGGAUCGAACCGCGAGUUCAUAAUACCCGCGGCAUUCAGGGCCGUCAUCAAAUCCUUUAUCCGCCUUAAAAUCCGGGAUGGAGCCGUCCAUACGUUCUUCCAGUUGUGCGGUCGAGGCUACCCUCCGUGUAUAAAGACAUGCAACUUCCUGAUGAAUUUUUUGGUCGGAUGCGGCGAUCUGAGGAUGGUGAUGGACGUCUAUGCUCAGUUGAAGAGGUCCGGAAUAAGGCCAAACACCUGUACUUUUGAUAUUCUCAUGAAAGCGUUGUGUCGCAGUGGUGAUUUGGUCGGAGCUUAUGACGUUUUGGGGGAGAUGAAGGAGACGGGCGCUGAGGCAAGUACAUUCAUCUAUACAAGGCUCAUCCAUGCUAUGUGCGCUCAUGGAACCCCUGAUUCAGGUUACAUGCUGCUCAAAUAUGCUACAGGUUCGGGUGUUCCCAUGACUUCUUUUGGAUACAACGUCGUAAUUCGUGGGUUCUGCAGGAUAGGGAAACUGCACGAAGCAGAAGGAGUUUUUGAGGAUAUGGUGAGAGAAGGUGUAGAACCCAAUGUAUAUACUUACAGUUCACUCGUCAGAGGAUACUGCCUCUCGGGAAACGUCUCUCGAGCUCUGUCACUCCAUGACGAGAUGAUUCUGAGGGGAACUGAGACGAAUUAUGUGGUUGUUAGCUCGAUUCUUCACUGUCUCUCUGAGAAGGGUAUGGUUGUGGAAGUAUUGGAACUCUUUGAGAGGUUCAAGCUUUCGGGGCUUCUUGUUGAUGGGAUUUUAUACAACAUCGCCAUAGGCGCCCAGUGCAAGCUUGGAAAGAUGGAGGAAGCAGUAAACCUGCUGCAAGAGAUGAAAGGAUGCGGGUUGGCGCCUGAUAGGAUUCAUUACACCACAUUAGUCAAUGGGUAUUGCCUCAGAGGUGAUAUGGACAGUGCUAGGAAGACGUUGGCCGCUAUGAUGGACUUUGGAAUUAAAGCAGAUGUUGUCACGUACAACAUACUCGCCAGUGGAUUCUCUAGGAAUGGGUUCGUCCAAGAAACGUACGACCUUAUGUUUCACAUGCUAGAUCAAGGUGUCGAGCCAAAUUCUGUCACAUAUGCUACCAUAAUAGUGGGUUUCUGCAGAGGGGGAAACUUGAAGGAGGCAGAGCUGUUGUUCAACUCACUACAACAAAGGGAGGGCACUACCUCUCCCGUCAUCUUCAGUGCCAUGGUCAGUGGGUACCUAGAAGUAGGUCACACGCUGGAAGCAUACAGUACUUUUGUCAGAUUCUGCAAGGAAGGUGUCCUUGUGGAUGAUAUGGCUUGUAAUAAACUUAUCAGCGAGCUCUGUAAGGCGAAAGAGCUUCUAAAGUCCUCAAGGGUCUUUGAGACGAUGUUGGCCAUGGGGGGCAACCCUAAUGAGAUUACCUACGGGAACCUCAUAGCAGCCUUUUCUCGUGCUGGAAACAUGAGAAAAGCUCGGUCUUUAUUUGAUGAUCUGAUCGGGAGAGGUUUAUCUCCUGAUGUAGUUGUGUAUUCUGCACUCAUAGACGGGUACUGUAAGCUGAGUUACCUCCAAGAAGCUUGCAAUUUAUUUUCGGAGAUGAAGGGGCGGGGAAUCAAGCCUGACUUGAUUUCUUACACGGUUCUUCUUGAUGGGUAUUUGAAAGAGAAAUUACAACGAGGCCUUGCCUCUGUUGAUCAGAGGGAAGGAAUUGAGACGGAGGGGAUAUGUCUGAAGUUGCUAGAUGAGAUGAGAGAGGGGGGGAUAGCACCUGAUGCGGUCUAUUAUACAGUUUUGAUCGAUGGGCAUUGCAAGAUGGAUCGCAUUCAUGAUGCUCAUCGAUUGAUUGAUGAGAUGAUGGGUAGGGGUCUGACGGGUGAUGUGGUCACCUACACAGCCUUUUUAUCUUUUUAUUGCAAGCACGGGGAGAUCAACAAGGCCAAAAGCAUUUUUCAUGAAAUGUUCCGCAGAGGAAUUCAACCAGAUAACAUCUCCUUCUUGGCAAUUGAUGAAGGAUUUAAGAAGGCCGAAAAAUUGGGCCUUUUUCGCUGA